AUGAAUAUCGCCAGCAUGUCCGACGGAACACUAUCAAACCAUCUAACCAUGUCAGCUACCCAGAAACUUGAUCAUCUCGAGUGUGAACCACCAAACCAAGAGCUCCUCAAACGCAUCUCCCCCGAAAGCAAAACGUGCCCGCCUCACAAUCGAAGAAAGAGCCGCAAGAGUCUGCGCCAGUCAGCAACGACGCGCCAAGGGCCCCCAGGAGUUCAAGCACACGCACCACCUAUAGACCCCGGACCCGCUUCCGCCGGCGCAGGCGCUGCGGAUACUGAGCCGAUGGCGGCGGAUAGUGCGAGGAUGAAGAAGAAUUCGAGCUUCAUGGUGAGUGUCUGA